UUACGGACCCUCUUGAAUUCACACACCAAAGAAAUACACAGACCUCUUUAUGGCCUAUUACAGAAGAGGAGACUCUAUCUUUGAUUCAUUCUCUUUAAGUCCCCUGCCAUAUCCAGUUCUGCUAAUCCUAGCAGUGACGUCGAUCUUUCUUGGAAUAUCAUGGUACGUUAACUAUGAAUCAGUUCUGGAAGCUGCUGAAGAGCAAAUGAGUUGGUUGCUUUUGAUCACACCAGUAGUUCUAAUAUUCCUAGCUCGUUGGCUCUCAUCUGUGGAAGCCUCUGAUCUGCUAUUUGGUUCAUCACCAUGGGAACGUCGCCGGCGGACUCACCAUCGUCCUUCAGAGGGUAGCUCACCAUGGGCUGUGGCUGGUUUCAUAGUGUUGCUGUUGAUCUUGGUGCAGUAUCAGUCAGUUUUUCGUGAGAGCUGGCUGGUAUGAUUGUACUAUAGAUUGAAAGAACUAUGUUAUUAUUUCUUUUCUUUGGUUGAGUUAUUAGCAGUUUGAUGUGUGAUUAAGUGAACUGGGUCUUGCCUUUAUCAGAUUGAAGAUAAGCAUGUAUGGUAGCAUACAUAGUUGUACUGUAAAUAAUACUAAUAGAAAAGAAGAAGUUGCUAUACAAUUGGGAUUUGGAUUCAUGUUUAAAA